GGUUAAUUGGUCGCGGAUUCAAGGUUGGGGUCAAUGAACAAGGACAAGGGCACACCGACAGGGCGACGAGCAAUAUCCACCUGCCUCGUUGUGGGCAUGCAUGCGGACCGUUCGACUCGAUUGCUAGUCCCAGCGGCUGUGGUUCUGGCCUCUUCGACUGGAUCAGUCGAGCGGCGGGACUCGAAGCUGUUCCUUUCGAGGGCGGCCGACAGCACUGCUCUGCUUGCCGAGCCCAUAUUCACACAACUCGCCAGCUACGGCUUGACAGGCUUUUCUUUUUCUGGUUGCGUCUUCAGCUCCGCCAGCCCCUCGAAGAGGACCGAACACGCGCCAGGCAGGGAAGUGUGGGUGUGUUGGGCAGGUGGGCCAGUCACAAGUCGCCUCGAGACUCGAAUACGAAGCCGAACCUCAUCGCCUUGA